AUGGAAAACGAAGAUUAUUUUGAAGACAUAGAAUAUGGUCAAGACCGAACGUUCCAGAUUGAGAAUAAAGGUGUACUUGCUGAGAAGAAACCUUUCGUAAAACCUAAAGAAGGUGUUAUCUUUAUUGUUGAUUGCCAUUCAUAUGAUGAUCAGCCAUUUGAUAAAGAAAUAACUGAAGCUAUGAUCCGAAUGAUGAAACAAACACCAAUUUUUUAUCCAAAAGACAGAUUUGGAUUGAUAUUUUAUGGAAGUCAAAACACAACGAAAUCACUUCCAGAAGGUAUUCAAAAUGUUCAUAUCUUACAAAAUGCAACAAUUAAACUCUUAGAAGAAUAUCCUAAGUUCUUUGAUAAUAUUAAACCAUCCAAAAAAUUAAUUCCAUUAAUUAAUGCAUUUCAAGCUACUCAUAAAAUAUUUCAAGCUGCCAAUGUUAUUAACCAACCAAGAAUAGUGUUUGUUGUUCCACCUCAAUUCUUUACCUAUCACCAAAUCACACCAGAAGUAAAUGCAUAUAUAAUAAAUAAUCCACCAGAACCUAUAUUUUUUUCAAGUAAAUAUCAACCCUCACAAUUUCCUUUUAAGUGCUUCCCAUUAAAUCGCCUUGAACGGGUUUGUAUUUCUUUUCAUAAAAGUGUUGGAUAUUAUUAUGACUUUAUCCCAUACGAAGGAUGUAGAAUAAAGGUUAUAAUUAAUAAUAUUUCUACAUCUGUAUCUGCUGCAACUCUUGGUAAUGUACUUGUUGAAAAAGAAGGAUGGAGAGUAGUAGUUGGUAAAAUAAGAAAAGAAGAAAUGCCAGGUGGUGAAAAAAGAGAGUUAACUGCCCAUAAUGAAGGAGAUGUUUGGGACUAUUCAUUUGGGUCUGAAAAAAUUACUUUUACUGAAGAAGAGUAUCAAAAGUUACAUACUAUAGAAGAAAAAUAUAGAAAUAGUAUCAUCGUCAAAGGUAAAAUAUCACAAGACUUCCUUCAGUCUACAACAAGUUCUGCUUCAUUUAUUCGUCCUACUGAAGAUAAUGGAUGGUAUGACGCUCUUUAUCAAACUUUAUUAAAAGAGAAACAAGCAUUACGUUGUGAUUUCUUUAGUAGAUCUCAAAUGAAAGAUGUUGUUAUUGUUCCAAUUAAAUCAACUUCAGAAUUUAUACCAAGUGGGUUAUAUAUGAUUUGUUUACCAUACAUUGAUGAUGUUCUAACUCCACUUCUUUCUGAACCAGAAUUUAAUAUCCAUUCAACUAUUUGUAAUGUUUCUCAAAAUCAAUCCAUGAAAAGUUUAAUUAGUAAAUGUACAAAAAAUAAUAUUGAUUUUAUGGCAUUAAAAAACCCUGUUGUAAAAGAGAGAAUAAAUUCAAUCAUUGAGGCAAUGAAAAUUGAUCUUCAUCAAGAAGAUACUUUAGAAGACAAUGAAAUUCCCUAUGAUGAUAUUCAAAAUGUAAAAGAUCAUUUCAUACUUCCAACAAAAAGGAUUCGUGCUAUAAAACCAAAGGAACAAGUUAAAAUAGAUGAUGAUAUGAUGCUAGAAAUAUAUCGUAGUAUUUGUUCAGGAAAAGGAAAUAUCUACAAUGCUAGUUUAUUAAAAAAAUUUCUGAUUCAAUCAAAUGUAUCAGUAACCUCUCGUGAUAAAAAAAGUGAUUUAAUAGAAAAGGCAAAUAAAUUAGUCAAAGGUAUUCAACAACAAUUAGAUGAGAAAGAAGAAAAUGAUAACGAUUCAAUUAACCAAGAAAAAAAAGACAUUUAA